AGAGGGUGAGUGCCAAUGAUCUGAAGCAAUCUGUUUAGAAGCUGACCUGGGUCCACUCAGAUCAAUAGCACCAGAGGGAGAGGACACUGCCACCAGGAGCCUUUCAAGUACAAUCCAAGCCUUGGACCGGGGUCCCUUCUUGCUUGAUGUAUAGGAGGUUGAGAAAAAGACCCAAGUCCUAGAGAGGGGUCCACGUUGUCUAGUCACCCCUUUGCUGUGCCCUGCUGCUGUACCAUGUCCUUCCCACAGCUGGGCUACCAGUACAUCAGACCUCUGUACCCUUCUGACCGGCAAGGUGUUGGGGGCACCAGGAGCGGAGCUGAACUUUCUCCGGCUGGGACUCUUUCUAAUGUUCUGUCGUCUAUGUAUGGCGCUCCCUAUGCAGCAGCUGCUGCGGCUCAGGCUUAUGGAGCCUUCCUCCCCUACACCACGGAGCUCCCUAUCUUCCCACAGCUGGGAUCCCAAUAUGAGAUGAAGGACAGCCCAGGGGUACAACAUUCAGCUUUCUCUCACCAUCACCCAGCUUUUUACACAUAUGGACAGUACCAGUUUGGUGACCCUUCAAGGCCCAAAAACGCCACAAGAGAGAGCACCAGUACUCUGAAGGCCUGGUUGAAUGAACACAGAAAGAACCCUUAUCCCACCAAAGGAGAAAAGAUUAUGUUGGCCAUCAUUACCAAGAUGACGCUCACCCAAGUGUCCACCUGGUUUGCCAAUGCCAGGAGGAGGCUUAAAAAGGAAAAUAAAAUGACCUGGGCCCCCAGGAGCAGGACAGACGAGGAGGGGAACUCUUAUGGAAGUGAUCAUGAAGAGGACAAGCGUGAGGAUGAAGAGGAGAUCGAUUUGGAAAAUAUCGACACUGAGGAUGUCGAAAGUAAAGAAGACUUGGAUGACCAGGACACUGACAUCCACUCAGACUCUAAAACAGACGCUAGGAGUGACUCUGAGGGCUCAGAUGGCUUUGAGGACUUGAAUGUCUCCGAGGAAAGGUUCCUCAAGUCUGUGGUUGGGGACAGCAGGGUACAGGACAAGUGUGAACUAUCUGAGGAUGCCAAGCCUCAUCAACCUCAAUGCGAGCAGCUCAAAAUGGACAAUAUUUCCCCCAAUCCCACCCAGGAAAAUAACCUUCUGGCGGCACAGAAGCCCAAAAUUUGGUCCUUGGCAGAAACAGCCACUGCUCCGGAUAACCCGCGCAAGUCUCCCCAGGGCAGCAGUGGCUCAGCAAACAGCCAGAACGUGUUGGCACAACCCAGACUCAUCAGCUGUCCGGGAAGCAGGUUCCAGAGCUGGGCAGGGAGGACAUUUUCUGCCCAACAGUUCUCUUUACUGAACUCUGCUCAUUUUCUGCAUGGACUGGGUGUCACCCACACAGCAGCGGGUGCAGGCAAUGCCAACUUCAACACUCAUGGGGAACACGCUCACAGCAGAGACCCAGUAACAGACCGGCCAAGCUCGCUGGAGGUAGAAAAAAAAAUUAUAAACACAGCUUUCCAACCAGUUCAAAGAAGGUCACAAAACCAACUCGACGCUGCUAUGAUUCUCUCUGCACUCUCCUCCUCAUAACAUUUGUUUUUUUUUGUUUUUAUUUGCAUUCAUUUUUAUUUUUUUUAUUUUUUUUACAUGUUGUAAUGACUGUAAAAUACCUUCUCGGAGUAGUUACAUAUUGUAAGCAUGUUUGUGUAAAGACUGAGGGGAAAAAAACUUUCUAUACGCUCAUCCAUUAUUUGAGUUUGUAUGGUUUGUCUUGUGAUUUUUAAGCGUCAUAUUAUUUUUUCCUUUGUAUAUAUAGUAAAAUGUACAUAUGUCUUAAAAAAUCAAAUUGUACAAGAAAGUAUAUAUUUUUGGUUAAUAAAUGAACUGUUGAGAAUUUAAC